AUGCCUCGAGGAUUCUUGGUUAAGAGAAACCGGCGAUGUUCGGCGUCACACCGGUCACGAAAUAACAGGAGCAACAAACCUGUAACAUAUUACGGUGACCGUGACAGGAACAACAGUGACGACUCUGAAGUGACAAAACCGGAGGCGGCCAGGGAGAACGGUGUGCUGAACGGUUCUCCGUUUGAACGGACAGAUGGACUUCUCUCGGUGUCCCGCGAGGACUCCGCCGGUGUCAGAGAGGCGUGGAGCCCGCACGUGGAGUCCGCGCUGGAGGCCGAGGCGGACCGGCGCGCUCAGUUACCGGAGACCGAGCAGCAGGUGAGCGAGGUGGACGUUUUGACUCCCGAUAGUGAUUUCUCCUGCUUCUUCCCAGCUCCCCCUCUACCCCCACGCGACGUGACAUUAACAGAGUCCUGCAGCCCAGUUAAACCGGUUGGCACGAGACUGCAGGAACACCAAGAGGAAAGACAUAAGUUGUUCCCCGGGAAGUGCCUGACAUCACCCCCAGUGUCGGAGUUACCGGAGCUGCCGUUCCUGGUGAGCUCCACGCCGACCUCCGUGUCCGCUUCUAUCGAGAGGCUCCUUGCGGGCAGCAGCCGCCACGCACCGUCCUACGGUCCCAAUGGCAAAUAUGACCCGAAUAUUGGUCACGUGCACUUGUUCCCGCCACUGACACUGAUGCAGGAGCAGCAUCACGCGGCGAGGAAACGCUCGUUCCUCGAACAGGACCAACGCUUGAACGGCAACAGACACCACAAACAGUCGGCGGGCAACCCGUCGAAGAAACAAAAAGUAAACCGAAAACUCAACUUCGAGGACGAGGUCACGACCUCGCCGGUUUUGGGUCUGCGGAUCAAGAAGGAGAGUCCCGAGCUGAGGAGGCAGCGGGAGAAGUCGUCUGCUCUCAACGGGAACCAGCCGCUGGGAGAGUUCAUCUGCCAACUUUGCAAAGAGGAGUACCUCGACCCUUUCUCCCUCGCGCAGCACAAGUGCUCCCGUAUAGUGCGCGUGGAGUACCGGUGCCCCGAGUGCGAGAAAGUCUUCAGCUGUCCCGCCAACUUGGCAUCCCACCGCCGUUGGCACAAACCCCGUCCGGUGAACAACCAAGGAGGAGAGACUCAGACGAACAAGAGCCAGCUGUUAAAAGAGGCACGAGAGAUGGAGGGCAAAGAGAACGAGCUGCUGCGCAUAAACACCAAUCAGCACCACGAAGCGCUGGACAGUUCCCGCAUCAGGCGCGAGCCGUCCCUGCUGCUGCUCCACGGGCGGUCCCGGGACAGCCCCGACAGCGACAGCCUCGCGCCUCCUCACUAUGAUUCCUCGCUCCAUUACCGGAACCCGGUGGAAGGCUGCCAGGACCUGCAGCAGCAGGACGAGCGCGCGGACCUGCAACAGCAGCCGUCGCUCCCGCAUCCUCCUCUACAGUUCGCCCAGUCCUUACCGGAGGAGGAAGUGUACGAGUGCCGGUACUGUGGGAAGAAAUUCCGCCGACAGGCUUACCUGAAGAAACACCUGGCCGCGCACGAGAUGGCAGCGCGAGGGUCUCCGCCCCCAUCGCCCUACGGCCAGGCGCGCGAGACCGACGGAGGACGGAGCCAGGUGUUCCUGUGUCACCUCUGCGGCGCGCGCUUCCCGUCGGUUGAAAUCAGGGACAAGCACCGUCUGUGGCACGCGAUGAGGGACGAGUUGCUGGCGGGAACAUUGGGAGGCGGACUCAGACCGGACGUCUUCCACGCGCAAGGAGACGAGCGCAGCGCAGGGGAAUGCGAGCAGCAGCAGCAGCAGCAGCAGCAGCAGCAGCAGCAGAUCUUCACGUGCAAGCACUGCCCGUCCACAUUCUUCAGCUCCCCGGGGCUCGCGAGACACAUCAACAAAUCUCAUCCCACAGAGAACCGGCAUGUGAUGCUGCUGCAGAUGACGGUGCGACCGUAA